AUGGCGUGGACCGUGGACCCGCAAUGGGAAGCGGCGCUAGGACUUGUCGGAACCCUCUCCGCCAUAGCCCUGUUCAUAUCACCCAUUAAAACGUUUCAGCGGAUAAUAAGCAGGCGAAGCACGGAGGACUUCCCGUCCUUCCCCUACGUGUCCACGCUGCUCAAUUGCUUCGUCUGGACCGUCUACGCUCUCCCGUUCGUCACUCCCAACCGCUUUCCACCGCUUGUUACCAAUGUCAUCGGCGUGGCCUUCCAACUGGUUUACCUCGUGCUCUUCGUACGCUAUGCCAAGGAUAAAGCUCAGAGCCAAGUGCGGCAGCAGCUGCUGGUGCUCUCCACCUUUCUGCUGCUCUUCACAGCUCUCCUCUUCACCGCCGUGUCGCCUCCCAGCCGCACUGCUGUGGCUGGGAAUCUAGCCACUCUCUUCACUGUCAUCAUGUUUGGCGCUCCUCUCUCCUCGCUGUCUGUGGUGCUGAGGACACGCAGUGUGGAGUUCAUGCCGCUGCCACUCUCCCUCAUGUCAUUCGUUUGUAGCACGGCAUGGAUGGCCUAUGGGAUCUACGUGCAAGACACUUAUGUGAUUGUCCCAAAUGCCCUGGGUUCAAUUCUUGGCAUCAUCCAACUUUGCAUCUACUAUGCGAUCAGGUAA